GCCUUGUGUACCUUGCUCUUCUAUUUACGUCUACGUCGGUUGUGCAGUAAUUUGCUGAUUGAAUACUCAUUAUUAUUAUUAUUUACAGUUUUUUUCUUCGCUUAAUCUAAUUUCAUCAUGUCAGAUGUUGAAGACGACUUUAUGUGUGAAGAUGAAGAAGAUUACGGAUUGGAGUAUUCGGAAGAUAGCAACUCAGAACCUGAUGUCGAUCUGGAAAAUCAAUAUUAUAACUCCAAAUCACUGAAAGAGGAUGACCCAAAGGCUGCUCUUGCUUCUUUUCAGAAAGUGCUCGACCUAGAAGGAGGAGAAAAAGGAGAGUGGGGAUUUAAGGCGCUCAAGCAAAUGAUAAAAAUUAAUUUUAAACUGGGAAACUAUCAAGAGAUGAUGACAAGGUACAAACAAUUAUUAACCUACAUCAAAAGUGCAGUCACCAGAAAUCAUAGUGAGAAGUCGAUAAAUUCAAUUUUAGACUAUAUUUCCACCUCAAAAAAUAUGGAGUUACUUCAAGAUUUUUAUGAAACUACUCUAGAAGCUUUGAAGGAUGCUAAGAAUGAUAGAUUGUGGUUUAAGACAAAUACAAAACUUGGAAAACUCUAUUUUGACCAGUCCGAUUUUAAUAAAUUAGCCAAAAUAUUGAAACAACUUCACCAAUCCUGUCAGACGGACGACGGUGAAGACGAUUUAAAAAAAGGAACACAGUUGUUGGAAAUAUAUGCCCUAGAAAUUCAGAUGUAUACUGCACAGAAAAAUAAUAAAAAGCUGAAAGCCCUUUAUGAACAGUCACUCCACAUCAAAUCGGCUAUUCCGCAUCCUCUUAUCAUGGGAGUCAUAAGAGAAUGUGGUGGUAAAAUGCACUUAAGAGAGGGUGAGUUUGAAAAAGCCCAUACUGAUUUCUUUGAAGCCUUUAAAAAUUAUGAUGAAUCUGGAAGUCCUAGAAGGACAACAUGCUUGAAAUACCUUGUUUUAGCCAAUAUGUUAAUGAAGUCAGGCAUCAAUCCAUUCGACUCUCAGGAAGCCAAGCCGUAUAAAAAUGAUCCUGAAAUCCUAGCAAUGACUAAUUUAGUCUCUUCCUAUCAAAAUAAUGAUAUCAAUGAAUUUGAAAGUAUCAUCAAGCAACACCGGAGGAACAUCAUGGAUGAUCCAUUUAUUAAGGAACACAUAGAAGAUUUGUUGAGGAAUAUUAGAACGCAAGUAUUAAUUAAACUAAUAACUCCUUAUACUAGAAUUUAUAUUCCAUUCAUAUCGAAACAACUCAAUAUUGACGCAAAUGAAGUUGAAAGUCUUCUAGUUUCUUGUAUAUUGGAUAGUACAAUUAGGGGAAAAAUUGAUCAAGUGAAUCAGGUAUUAACUCUUGAACAGGAGAAUACAUGUGGGCAAAGAUAUGAUGCAUUAGACAAUUGGACCAACCAACUUUCAUCACUUCAUCAAACAAUUGUCAACAAAAUGGCGUGAUAUUGAUUGCUCAGUCCCAACAACCGUUCAUCUUAAACCAGCCUGUCAGGUUUUAGUCAAAGACAUCUCUCCUUUUUUUUAAGUAACUUAAAUUAUCAAUGAUUCAGUGGUUCCUUCCUUCUCCCCUAUUUUUUAUCUCUGUCUUUUGCUCUUGUUAUUCCCAGUUCUUAUCAUUCAACAAUAAAUUCUGUCAGACUGAAAAAAAAAAA